AUGAAGAACAAUAGCUAUCAUCCCCAUUUUGCUGCAGCAGGUUCCUCCUCGACCAGGCCUGCCUCUUCCUCAGUUGCACAUGCCUCUUCCUCAGUUGCGCCUAUUGCUGCUGGUGCGCCUACCAUUGCUGCACAGAUGGCAACUAAUGUUGACAUUAGUGAUUCGAAGCUUUGGCCUGAUUUUGUAACUAAAGCUUUCAUUGACAUUAUGGUUGAUGAAGUUACAAAAGAAAAUAUGCCAAACGGUGUGUUUCAUAAUAGAAUAUGGACUUCUAUGACUACUAGGUUGAGUUGCACAACUAAUCGAUCAUUUAAAAUUGGACAACUGAAGGCAAAAAUGCAUAGGUUGCGGAACAUGUACCGUGAGUUCUAUUCACUCUUGCAAAAUACUGGAUUUGGGUGGAACCCAGAAACAAAUACAGUUACUGCAAGUGAAGAGGUCUGGAGAAAUUAUCUUAAGGUACAUGACAAAGCUUCUCAAUUUCAAAAUAAAGGGUGUAAUCAUUAUAAGUCGUUGGAAAUCAUAUUCAACAAAAAUAAUCCAAUUGGAAUACUUCAUCAUUCAUCUACUUAA